AUGAAGUCUACUUUCGCGUCGCUCGUGCUCGCCUGCGCGUUGCUCUUCGGUCAGAGCUUUGCCGUCCCCGUCAGCCCGCCCUCACCGAAUGCCGCGCUCACUGCCGUUCACGGACCCCCCUCGGACUUCGUCAGCUUCGUCCCCGGCUCCGCCCCAGGCUCAAUCGACCCCUCGCAGACCUUCACCUUCGCCCGCCCGAGCGGCGUCCCCUCCGGCUUCCCCAGCGACGCCCCGGCUCUCCCUUCGGGAAUGCCCAACGCUGCCCCCUCCGGAAUGCCCAGCGGCGCCCCCUCCGGAAUGCCCAGCGGCACCCGGAUGAUGAUGCCGGCCGCCGCCAGCGGCCAGUCCAUGCCCUCCGGGAGCUUCUCCCUGCCUCCUUCCGGCUCAGCCCCCUCGGGCCCCUCCGGCGGCGCGUUCGACGGGCCGAGCCUCACCCCCCGCGCGGUCGUCACGGCUACCGCGCCCAAAGAAAGCGGGUGA